CAUGCGACAGUAUAAAGCGACGGCCACAGAAAAAUAUGACAAAAAUUAUUUGUAAAUAUCAACGAUUACAGUUGACCAUUGUCUUUCUACUAGCUUAAACGUUUCUUUGUUAUGUGGUGUUCAGUUUAGGUAAAUGUCAGCAGGAGCUAAAUUACUAUCAAAUAUAGUAACUCUGAGUGACUAAGUGUAACUAUAUGCGCGUCGAGUGAUCAAAAGAGAAGGAGAGAGAAAGCAACAAAGACGACUCAUUUGUGUACAAUAAUAUAUAAAGUACAGCUGCAAACAGAUAAAAAAUGAAAAUACAUUUCGUAAUUGCCAUAUUUAUUUUGACUGUGAUUUAUGCUGUGAAUGCAAUCCCACAACGACUAGCUAGACAAAACGUUGGAAAUGGAAACAUUCAAGAUAAUAUUGAUUUAGUCUUCACAUCGCCUGGUACACCAGUUCAACCAUCAGCUUCAAGACAACCAAGUCGUGGAUUUCAAAAUGUUGUGACACCGGAUCCAACUUACGUGCCAACCACCUCUCCACUUGUACUUGUCAAAAAUCAACAAAAUUGCACAUGUGUACCCUAUCAUAUGUGCGACCCAAAUUCAAAUACUGUCAUACAACCGGUAAACGAUGACGAUGUAACUGGCUUCGGAAAAAUUGACAUUCGUUUCGAUGAUCAAGAAUGUCAAGAUGUCUUAGAUGUUUGCUGUGUUGGUGCCGCUCAACGAGAAGAAUCAAUAACACCAGCUCCAAAAGAAGGGGUUAUCACCAAAGAGGCUGGCUGCGGUGUACGCAACGUUAAUGGCAUUGAUUUUCAAAUAACUGGCGCUUUUGAUAACGAAGCAGGUUUUGCUGAAUUUCCUUGGACUGUUGCAUUAAUUCGUAUCGAUGAUGAUAUAUGCAUUUGUGGAGGCUCGUUGAUCCAUCCAAAGGCGGUAUUGACCGGCAACCAUUGCGUUAAAGAUUAUGCGGCCAGAGCAGCAGACUUGAAAAUUAGAGCCGGUGAGUGGGAUACCCAAACAACAAAAGAGCGGCUACCAUAUCAAGAACGUAUUGUAUCAAGAAUCUUCGGUCAUCCAAAUUAUAAUGCAAAGAGUUUGGCAUUCGAUAUUGCAAUCGUAGAAUUAGAAAAUCCCUUUGAAAUGGACGAUCACAUCACUACAGUCUGCUUACCGCCGCCAGGUUUUGUUCCGAAUCAACAGAACUGCUUUGCAAGCGGCUGGGGCAAAGACGUGUUCGGAAAAUCUGGAAAGUAUUCAGUGAUUUUGAAAAAAGUACCACUUGGAAUUGUCGAAUUUAAUAGAUGCCAACGAGAAUUACAAAACGAGAGAUUAGGAGAUAAAUUCCGGCUCGAUCAGUCAUUCAUUUGCGCUGGUGGUGUAGAAGGAGUUGACACGUGUCAAGGAGACGGAGGUGCUCCGUUGGUUUGUCCCAUCGGACGGCCGGAAGAUAAUCGCUAUGCGCAAAAUGGAAUUGUAGCUUGGGGCUUAGGAUGUAAUAAGCCCAUCCCUGCUGUAUACGCAAAUGUUGCUCAAGCUCGACAAUGGAUCGAUGGACAAAUCGCAUUCAUCGGUUUGGACUCCAGCUACUACACGUUCAGAAAUUAAUUGUUUACGAAAAACAAAGCGAGAGAGAGAACAAACCACAAAUAUUCAUUCGUUCAUUUUUUUUCCAAAUUAAUUACGAAUUUUAUUUUAAUUGAAAUAAAAUAAUGAAAUCUUGA